AUGGACCUUCAAUUGCGUCCUGCUCUGGCGCCUGCCCCCGAUAUCGACGCUAGUUCCUCUAAUGCCGCCGAAACGCGUUGGGAAGAACUGGCUCACAAGCACUGGCUGGACACUGCGCCGACCAAGGUCAAGCCGGAACUGAUCAAAACUGCGAUCUGGGAUCCCUUGGAACAAGAAUCCUUCGCCCUUCGGCCGCUUGCACUAUUAGAGAACUUGCAAAUCCUCGAGAGAUUCCUUUGGCCUACCUUUUCAGCCGACUCCUCCAACCACCACGUCCUUCUCAUCGCCGUCUUCUUCAAUGUCAAACAACGUGCGCAUCUUCAAGAUUGGACCUUGUUCACAGACCGGCCUCGGGACUUCUCGCAACUGUUCCGACGGAUCCUUUCGCUGAACCUGGACUCCUCGCUGUCCAUAUUUUGUCGGCUGUCGCUGCUACACUUUGUCAUCGGCGCUUUUCAAUCGCUGGAGAAGGAACACGUCCGCAAAGAAUGCGCUCCGCUCGUCUCGAUCUCAAUAUGGCACACUCUACAUGAUGACAAGUCUAGAGACAGGCUGCUGGAGGGAAAUCCUGCCAGGAGAAAGGCAUGGAGAGCUGCGCAGCGACGAUUCGAUGGCGCAGAUUCGGAGGCACAGAAUCGGCUGCGAUUUGAUAGAGCAUGGCUGUAUGCGAUGCUGGUUGAUUUUUUGACGCGGCUUAACGCUUCAAAACUGUCCACCUCUCAAGAGGUAGUAUACUGUGAGCGUUUCGUGGAGUUCCUCAUCGACCUUGUCAGUCAACUACCAACGAGACGAUACUCGAAUCCUCUCCUACAGGAUCUCAACAUCCUAGCGAUCAUUCGAACGUCCAGAAUGUAUGACAGAGAGGAUGCUGCUAUCUUACGCGAUCUGACAGAUCUUUUCGAACACUUCCAGUGCUUCCCCGUUGACGAUCUGGGCAACAGUGACUCCAGCCCCGAGGGUCUCCGCAAGACUCAUUACGAAUCGCUGCAAAGGUUACAAAGACUUGCUCUCCAACAUUUUGAAAAGAAGUUGAAGGUCCUUGCGUUGUCGAAUUUCGGGUCUAUCGAUAAAAGAAGCGACCUCGAGUCUCAUUUUUCGACACUGUCCGAUUCGGAAUUGCAGGAUUUGUGUGUCCAUCUUGGUAUUCGAACCACUUACCCAACGUCAGCUGGAAUUACUGCAAAUCGAGCUGUCAUGAUGGAGAGCCUCCUUUCAUCAUUCUCAAGGCCUCCAGAUUUCAAAGAGACCAUCGCCAAGCUGUCUGUUUUCCCCACGGCCGAAUCAAUCUACGAUCCCAAAUUACUUAGGAACGAAUCGUACGAUGGCUCUCGACCGCUUGGAAUCCCGAAAUUAAAUCUCCAGUAUCUGACUCUUGGCGACUUUAUGUGGCGAUCGUUCCAGCUCUAUCAGGCUGAAGCAUUUUACGGAAUCCGAAAAGAUUUAGAAGGUAUCGUUAAGCGAAUGAAACCAAAGACAGGAAAAGAACGGGGCAGCACAGAAUUUGAAGGAUUCUCCAAAAUGGCCCUACCAAUUUCGGAACCUGCAAUAAUUGAAAUCGGCCAGACCAAGGUUGGACAUCUCACGCCCAGCUAUGUGCGAACCGAAGUGAUUCUGGAUGUGAGCAGACUCACUGACGGCAUCAGACGGGAAUGGGAAAGCCUGAGGCCUCACGACGUUGUGUUCCUGCUAGCAGUUAAAGCACCAGAUCGUUCUCGACUGCUGACCAAUGGCCACGCCGAGGAGCAAGCAGAUGAGCAACAAUUAUUCACAUCCCUGAGAGCUGCUGAAGUCGUUCAAGUAUUGGACGAUAAUGGUCGAGCUCUACGGGACGUCCAAACCAAUGGCUACUCCUCGAGGCCGCGGAGGAGACGUCUUUUGCUUGAUAUGGAUUCCACGUCGCUUUCUGAGGACAAGUCUAGACUUGUCAACGGCUCAGUCAGUGCAGGUCUCAAUGUCAUUGCUCGGAGACAGGGCCGAGAAAACAAUUUCAAACCUGUUCUGGAAACAAUUCAAAAGCUGGUCUCGUCUCAGACAUCCCUUCCCUCCUGGCUUCAGGAGGUGUACCUGGGCUAUGGUGAUCCAAAAAGUGCUAGUUUCACCUCACUCCCCAACCAGAUUAAGUCUCUGGACUAUCUGGACACAUUCCUUGAUUGGCAGCAUCUGUUGGAUAGUUUCCCUGGCAAGACGGUCGAGCCUGCUGCAGGACAAGAUUCGCCGCUCAAUCCACCUUUUGUUCUGCGGACGGUCACACAGGCAGCCGAGGAGCCUCCAGCGAACCCCAAAAAGCGACGCCGUGAGCAGAUGGAGCAGGAUUCCUCCACGGUCACGGUGUCCACCUACAAACCACCGAACACUGGGCCAUAUCCCACGGAUGCGCGCAAAGCGAAUACAAUUCGCUUCACGCCGAAGCAGGUAGAAGCGAUAGUAUCCGGGGUUCAGCCCGGUCUUACUGUGGUUGUUGGACCUCCCGGGACAGGAAAGACCGACGUGGCCACUCAGACCAUAAAUCUCCUCUAUCACAAUUUUCCCUCUGAACGCGUCUUGCUGAUCGCACACAGCAACCAGGCGUUGAACCAGUUGUUCCAGAAGAUUAUCGCCUUAGACAUCGAUCCACGCCAUCUCCUCCGUUUGGGCCAUGGAGAAGAGGAACUCGAGACUGAGGCGUCGUACAGUAAGUAUGGCCGUGUCGACUCGUUCCUAGAGAAUAGGCAACUGUAUCUUGCCGAAGUCAAUCGACUUGCAGCAUCGAUCGGCGCCACGGGAGCUCACGGCGGAUCUUGCGAGACGGCGGAAUAUUUCAACCAGGUCUUUGUGAGACCCGCUUGGGCGCGAUUUUGGGAUGUUGCCAACGGCGACGAUGCCACGACGGAACGGGUUCUCUCUGCCUUUCCUUUUUACAAAUACUUCAGCGAUGCGCCUGUUGCAGAUCUGUUCCCUCCCGGUGUCUCACUAGAAGAGGCUCGUGAUAUAGCUUCUGGAUGUCAACACCAUGUCGACAAGAUCUUUUCAGAGCUCGAAUCUAUCCGGCCCUUUGAGAUUUUGAGAAGUAAUCGAGACCAGGCAAACCAUCUUCUCGUGAAAGAGGCCCGGAUUAUUGCGAUGACGUCCACGCACGCAGCCAUGCGACGAUCAGAGAUUGCAGAACUGGGAUUUCGCUACGACACGUUGAUCAUGGAAGAGGCAGCACAGAUCACCGAGAUCGAAUCCUUCAUUCCAUGUGCCCUGCAGAACCCAGAUGUGAAGUCUGGAGAGCUGCCACUUAAGAGGAUCGUGCUCGUCGGUGAUCAUUUGCAGAAUUCUCCGAUCAUUCAAAACCUUGCCUUGCGGCAAUACGCCAAUGUCGAACAGUCGCUCUUUCUGCGCCUGGUCCGGCUGGGUGUACCGACCAUUCACCUAGACCAGCAAGGUCGUUGUCGACCGUCCAUUGCUGAACUCUUUAAAUGGCGGUACAAUAACCUUGGAAACCUGGCGUUUCUCAGUGAGCAGCCGGAAUUCACUCGAGCCAACGCCGGCUUCCGAUUUGACUAUCAAUUUAUCGACGUUCCUGAUUACCAAGGGCAAGGAGAACGCGAGCCGACUCCUCAUUUCAUCCAGAACCUAGGUGAGGCGGAAUACGCCGUGGCUUUGUAUCAAUAUAUGCGGUUGCUGGGCUAUCCCGCGCGAAGUAUCUCCAUUUUGGCAACGUACGCUGGGCAGCGAGCGUUGAUCCGGGACGUGCUCGAACAUCGAUGCAAGAACAACCAGCUGUUUGGGUUGCCUCGCAUUGUGACAACGGUAGAUAAAUAUCAGGGCGAACAGAACGACUAUGUGAUUGUGUCACUGACUCGAACACGGUCAGUCGGCUACCUGCGAGAUGUGCGCAGAUUGACCGUGGCACUCUCGCGUGCCAGGCUGGGCCUAUAUAUCCUUGGACGUCGGGAGUUGUUUGAGUCUUGCUUCGAAAUGAAGCCUGCCAUGGAUUUGCUGUUGCAGAGACCGGAUCAAUUGGUACUCACCACCGGCGAGAUGUUCCCCACGGAACGUUUGCUGGGUGACGACGUGCUCGGUACGGAGAUGGAAGGCGUGGAACAUUUGGGCCAGUAUGUGUACGAGAUGACACAGGCGAAGGUCAAAGCAGUUGGCGGGCAAGUCACAGUUGUUGCCGGAGCUGACAGUAAGGAUGCAUAUGGCGAGGCUGAGGCUGAGGAGGAACUUGGCCAGGUCGAUGAGGAAGAUCCGCUCCACGAGGUGGCAUAG